AUGAAGCUCCCACCGAAAAAUGUGCGCGUCAACUGCCUCUCCGUGCUCGGAAUUCUACUUUUGUUUACCUUUCAGCAAUUCAUCUUUUACUACAACCUCUACUACCUCAGAGAGGUCAACUACAUCAUCUACAACCUCAUCUGGGACUUUUCAAUAGACAUCAGCAAAAAAUGUCCGUUUGGAAGACGGAAUACAUGCCAAGAGAAUCCACAAAUUAAAGUCAGGAAGGACGCUGUUAGUGGAGCUACAGACUAUGGCUACGUUACUCAUGAGAAGCUAGCUGGACAAUGGAUAGGUGGUCUUAAGUAUGGUAACAAACCCCUUAGAAUAGAAAAUGGUGAGACAUUUGGUAGAUCAGAGGUGGUUACCGUCUAUUAUCAUGAAGAUGGUGACAGAACAAAUGUAAAUGUACCUCUAAUACUUGGGGUCAAGGAAACGCGUGGAGGAAAUUAUGAAUGGUACGAGAAUACCGGAGACGGUAUAAAAUGGAAAACGAUAAGUAAUACAGCGGAAUUUCCUAGCAAUGAUACAGGCCAAGUUAAUUCCAGAUUUAAGGAUAAGCUAGAUAGGCUCGCAUGUAAACUACAGGGUAUUGUUGAAAUAAAUCUAUCCAAAGAUAAAGAUGAGGAGUAUUGCCAUCAUGGUCACGAGCGAGGAUAUAAUGAGAAGAUAAGAGUUAAACUCAAUCCAGACACAUUUAGCUUCCCAAAUUAUGUUCUAUUCGAGCAUACCCCAAACUCAGGAACUGAGCUAACUAUAGGAGGAUUUAACAUUGGAGGUACUCCACAAACUGGGUUUUCAGGACUAAAAUUUCCCUUUAAAGCUACUAAGAUUACAGUAUUUAUGCCGGCAUGUGAUCAUAAUAAUCCUUUCCUUCUUCAUAUAGCCUCCGGAGAUAACAAUGGAAAAUGGUUUAAGAAUAUUGGUGGAAGUAUUUGGGAGGAACACAUUGAACUAAGAGGUCAGGCACCAGAUGAGGCUAACGAUCAGAUUGUGAGAGACUUUGAAACUCUUACAAGUGACAUAGGUAUAAGACCCUGUGCUGCUCCUUCUAAUCCAGUCCAGUUGGAUGUUAAUAAAAUUCCGUCACCUAACAAGAAUGAGACUGUAUACUUUUCUUGUAAGACUCCAAUACUUGUUGAGAAAGUGCUCACUUCUACAAAUGGUUUCUUCAAGCUGGUUCACACCACUGCCAAAACUCCUUUUCAACUUGAGACAUACUUGUUCAAUGGCCAGGAAAUAAGAAAAACCAAAGGAACACCAGGACAACCUAUUACUGAUGUUAAUAGUGUCUCUGUAUACUACUGGGAUGGAGAUGAUAAUAAACCAAUACUACUCGAAGUUGCAAGUACUGUAGAGACAAAGCACUAUUCCUAUAGGUUUGACACAGGGGUAAGAAAGAAUAAUUGGUCACAUGCCGGUAAUUCUGAUAAGUCGCUUGAAUACUUACUAGAUGAUCAGAACUGCAAUAGAAAUGGUGCCAUCCCAUUUGAAAUAAACGAUCCCACAACGGCCUAUGCUUCAUACGGCUCUCACUGCAUAAAAGAGACCAGAAAAAUCACGGAUUCUGCCUCUUCGCCUACUUUCAUUCCUGAAAGUGACUACAUUAUUAAGGAAUACUAUGUCCAUAGUUCUUUUAAUAUUGGGACUCAAAUAUCCAGAGCCACAUUCGGAGGAAAAGAUACCAGUGGUAUCAAACUUCCAAGGAGUUAUACAGUCUCUAAGAUUAGAGUAUUCUCAUACCCAGAUUCUGGUAGUGACAUACCUCUUAUGCUUGAGUUCAUGCCAAAGGAUACUGGAGGACAGUCGGAAUGGUAUUACAGUCAACGUUCUAAUGGUCUUACUUGGGCAAAACUUGGUAAUAGAUCCACUGUGUUCUAUAAAGAAGAUAAGCCUACUGAGGCACUUACAACUGCUCUUGACGAGGUUAGGUGUCUUCAUAACAGUGAAAUUACCAUGAAUUUGUCUUUGGAUAAUGAUAUGCAAUAUACUAGUGGCGAGAGCAAGUACUGUUGCACUUACCAUAGUCCUAAUGGCGGUGAACCUGAAGCUAAGGUUUCUGUCAAGAGAGGAGAGAAAGUUGCAUCCACUAUUCCAUAUUACAAACAUGAGAUUAAACUUGAAACUAAACUAGCAGGUAUUAAGUAUAACGAUGGAGGCACUAGUAGAAAAAAUAUAACUUUAAGUGGAUCACCAUUUCCUAUAGAAGGUUCUCUCAGUGUCUACGUCUUUUAUUGUUAUAAGGGUAAUCCCGUUCUCAUAUAUCUUGAUUCACCUUCAGAUUCUGGAACUAAAGGUUGGUAUAAGAAAGACAAGGAUGAUAGUCGACCAUGGACUAAGCUCAAAGGUGUACUCCCCGAAAACGGCCCAGACAAUAUAAAGGGUUGUGGAGAUGACUUUAACAAACUUGUAGCAGUGCUAAGAGAUUUCGGGUGUCCAUAUAAUGAUUGUACUAAUCCUUCUACUCAACCUUUAUCUCAAGGAGGAAAUGUCUCUCUUGGUCCGCAACUUCAUCCACUUCUUCCCGGGGCUGUUAGUAGAAGUAAAAAUUCUGAAUUAUCGUGGGAUUUAUUUUUAUCUGCAACUAGAAAUUUUGGGAAGGUAUUUGUUGACGUGAUACUACCCAAUGGUAAAACACCUGAAAAUACUACUAAACCUGAUACUCCUGCUCUUCCUCAACAACCUAGUCAACGAGAUCAAACUGCUUCUGUUGGAGCUCUUCAAUCUGGUGAUAGUUCUUCUGGUAGAGAAAGUAAUAAAGGAGAUACUAGUGCUGAUAAUACUCAAGGUGUUUCUGAACCUGAAGCUAAAGAAGUUACUCAAGUACAAACUAAUGAGGCACAGAAUAUUGGUCUUACACCUCCUGCAGUUACUCCUCAACAAUCCCACGGACCUCCUGCUGAAGCUCUUAAACAAGAUGGUACUUCUGAAUCUACUACUACUACUGGAGGCCCUACUGCUGCUCCUAAAGUUACUGAAGCUGCUCUUGCUCCUACUUCUACUAAAUCUCCUCCUAAAGCUGAAACUGCUACUACUACUGUCUUACCUAGUCAAUCUCAAGCUAUAUCCUCAGACUCUACUACUCAUGAAACUCAAAAAUCUCAAGUCUCGGCCCUUUCUCCUGGGUAUCCUGCUCAAACCUCUUCUACUUGGACUUCUCCUGAAAAGAUUAUCCCUACUGUUUUAACUGGAGUUGGUGUUGUAUCUGGUUCUCUUACUGGAUUUGGUUGGUGGAUAUAUAAACGUUCUAAAGGAGAUCCUUGGGUUAGACAGAUUUAG